GUUGACAGAAAAAAGAUUUGGGUGGAAAAAAAGCAAUAAAGCAAUUUCUUUCUGACCCUGCAGAAAAGGCUGGACGAUUAGACAGAAACACGGAUCCUCUCCUUUUCACUACAAGCAGCUAGGGAUGAAAUUUAUCUUGUCUCAGCCAGACUCAAAUAUAUCAUAGUCAGCUGCCAAAAAGGUGGCACAAUAACAAAGGACAGAAGUAACAUUGAUCCCUUCCUCUCUUAGACCCAAACUACAGCUGGAUACCAAAACCACAUGAACCUGCUGAUCCAGCUGUUCCUGGAGGGGAUGGCAACGUUCUCUAUACUCACCACAUAUUGCACCUGACCGAGGACCCAGGAAUUCAGGGAUCCAAUUCUACUCGAUUUCAUCUACUGAUGCCAGUCUCUUUCCAGAGGAUCUGAAGAACCUGUUGCUCACUCUGCUUUUCCUCUUCUGCUCAUAAUCCAUGAACAUCACCAUUUUCAGAAAACCUAGGUGUUCAGGCUUCAGACCAUUCUUUCCUGCUAUAACCCACAAGCCUGGGACUUCCAGAUAACUGCCUCUACCAGUAGCACAAUGGGCUACCACAUACUCUUAUUUGGGGUCCCUGCCAUUGGGAUCUAUGCACUAGCCUCUCAUUGCCUGCUGAAGAAGCCACAUUUGCUCCACAAACCAAAGAGGUUUCCUGUUCGAUGCCGACACGUUUCCCACAGAGGUGGCAGCGGAGAACGAAUUGAGAACACGUUGGAAGCCUUUAGCCAUGCAUUGAGCCAAGGGACAAAUCUGCUGGAAAUUGACUGCCUUAUGACAAGAGACGGGGUUGUGGUUGUGUCCCAUGACGAUAAUCUCGAACGGCAGACAGGGCACAACAUCGAGAUCAGCAAAACAGACUAUGUGGAUCUGCCACCAUAUAAAGACUCUCUGGAGGUGACCUUUUCACCAGGUUGCUUCUCCCAUGGCAACGAUCAUCGAAUUCCAAGGCUGGAAGAGGUUUUCCAGAAAUUCCCUGGUGUACCUAUCAAUAUUGAAAUUAAACAGGACAAUGAUGAACUCAUAUAUAAGGUAGCAGAUCUUGUCCGGCAAUAUGAGCGUUCUCAUAUAAGCAUCUGGGCAUCCUUUGAGGGAGGAGUCCUGAAGAAAUGUUGUGCAGCUAACACAGAGAUGCCAUAUAUCUUUUCUCUGAAACGUGGUAUUUUAAUCCUCCUUCUCUACUAUGUGGGACUCCUGCCCUUUUUGCCCCUGAAAGAAUCGUUCCUUGAAUUUGUGCUGCCUUCCCCCUUGAACAGGACCUAUUUUCCAGUGAAAAAAGGCAGAUUUGGAGCACUGCUGGCAAAAUUUGCCUUCAAGGUGACAAUGAGAAAAAAACUUUUCAAGCACUUGGAAGAUAGAGGAAUACAGAUCCUUCUUUGGGUCCUGAAUGAAGAUAAAGAUUUUGAGGAAGCCUUUAGUUAUGGAGCCACCGGAGUCAUGACAGAUUAUCCCACUCGACUCAGAAAGUAUCUAGACACUCAUCCACCCUUGUUCAAUUAAUAAUCCAGAAUGAGGUGGGCGACAGAGCAAAAAGGGAAAGCUUUAACAUACGUAUGCCUGUUACGGAAUCAGAAGGAAACAAAAGCAAUUCUUACCUCCAUUUUGUAAGGGGGAAAAUACUGUAUGGGUUAAAACUAUGCAACAUUAAACAUUAUUGUUACUGAUAGUGGGUAUUUAUUU